GAAAGUUAGCAUCAUAUUGUUAAUAUUAUGUGGCCAAGGAGUGAACCUCCAAGAAAGGAUAUUGAAGAUUGGAGGAGCUUCAAGGAUGUUGGAUUCCUAGACGACGCUGCAAUGGAAGCACGUCACCACCAAGCCCUGCUCCAAAACAUUGCCAACCUUGAAAAACAGCUUUUUGAUUAUCAGUAUAAUAUGGGGCUUGUAUUGAUUGAGAAAAAUGAAUGGACAUCCAAGUAUGAUGAACUUAGACAAGAACUUGCACAACUACAUGAAUCUCUCAACCGUCAGCAGUCUGCUCAUUUGAUUUCCAUCGCCCAAGUUGAAAAGAGAGAGCAAAAUUUGAGAAAUGCUUCGGCUUCUAAAAAGCAAUGUGUGCUUCAUCUUGAGAAGGCUCUGCGUCAAACACAUGCAGAACGUGAACAGAUUAAGCUUGCUUCUGAAACUGAGUUGGCUGAUGCUAGAGCUGUGGCUGUUGCUUAUCAGGACAAGUCUUUGGAACAGCAAGGAAAGUCUCAUGCUGCAAAUGCCAAGCUUGCUGAGGCAAACAAAAUGAAUUUUGAGUUUGAGAGGAAAUUGCGUGAACUUAAAUACGGGAAAGCGUGCUUAGAAGGGAGCGUGCCUCCUUGACUGCAGAG